UGGGAAGUUGUGGUGUUUGGUGUGGGUAACUAAUCUGCGUUACAAGAGAAAAGAAGAUAAGAGAAAUUCUUAUACAAAAAAGAAGAAGAGAGAAGAUAAAGAGAAAAAAAGAAAAGAAAAGAAAAAAGAGAGAGAGACGAUGGCGAAGGCAAAAGACGCGAUGGUUGUGGUUGGAGCCCUAGCAUUUGUGUGGCUCGCAAUUGAGCUCGCUUUCAAACCCUUCCUUGACAAGACUCGCUCUUCCAUCGACAAGUCCGACCCGACCCGUGACCCUGACGACGUCGUUCCUGACCCUGCUGAUUCUAAAACCACCGACGCCGCCGCCGGAGAUAGUAGCGUCGGAGACGCCUGACUUUGAGCGCACGCAGUCCUGCUUGUUCAUUACUUCAUGUCGUGGGUGCUCUCUUCCUUUGUCGUAUUGUGAAUUUCGUGAUAUUUGAAAAUUACUUCCAGCGUUUUUUGUCUUUGUUGAAAUUUGUAAUUUGCAUAACAUCUUAUUUAUGUGUUCUGUUGUUCUAUUUGGUCGAAUAUUGGAAUUCUAGGAUUUAAUACCA